GUGAUGCUGCGACGGACAAGUGUAGUCGUAUGGUAUCAUGCAGUGCGAAGAUCUGAAGUCCAGAUUCGCAAUUGAGAGUUCCGAUGCCAUCAUUGCUGUCAACGUUGAAGAGCUUGCCUGAGUGGUUCGUUGGGAGAUAUGGUCCACAGACAACUUUCAAGCACGUUUCUCGUGUCUUGAAUCAUCCCACUGUCUGUUCGUAUUGUGAUAGCUAAGUACUUUUUUCAUUGGGUGUACGUCCUCGAGGCUCUGUCCACAUUCACGGUAUAUUUGCGUCGGAGUACGAAGUGAAGUAGGGUUCGUGCAAGACAUUUCGUCGCUAUCAAGCCUUUAUCGACAGCUCCUGCAAGCAUACAGAGAAUAUUUCUCCUUCUUCUUAUUUUGCAUCACUGCAUUCCACUGCCUAAGAUUUGCCAAAAAAUAGAGAUAUGGCGCCGUCUCUGGAGGACUUGGACGCAACAGCCUCCGAUGUACGGGUAGAUGGAAAGCAGGGCGCUUCGGAUUCUGUUCACUUAUCGCAAAAAACACUCCCUACUUCAGCUCCAGAAGUACCCAGAGCUCUCUUCCAGUUUGAAGACCAUCCAAUUGAUUCGAAGAAACGUAUUCGGGUCGCAGUGAUCGGAGCAGGCAUUGCAGGAGUUACGGCUGGGGUUCUGUUACCGAUCAAAGUCCCAGGAAUCGACCUGCAGAUCUUCGAAAAGAAUACCGAAGUGGGCGGAACUUGGUUCGAGAACGUCUAUCCUGGAGUGAGAUGUGACAUACCUGCGAACGUCUAUCAAUCAACAUUCGAACCUAACACACAAUGGACUGAAGAAUAUGCACAGGGUGCAGAGAUCCUCGAGUACUGGAAGAAGGUCGCGCGAAAAUACAACGUGUACAAAUACCUGAGGUUCGGGCAAAAUGUUCUCAAAGCAUCAUGGGACGAGUCAAAGGCGCAAUGGCUGCUGGACAUCAAGAAUUUGGAAUCGGAAGAGUCGCGCAACGAAUCUUUCGAUGUCAUCAUCAGUGCUAUCGGACGAUUCAAUGCUUGGAAGCUCCCUGACUAUCCAGGAAUCUCUGAAUACAAAGGACAUCUUCGCCAUUCUUCAGCAUGGGACAAGAGCCUUGAUCCGAAAGACAAAGUGGUGGCAGUCAUCGGAAAUGGGGCAAGCGGCCUACAAGUUGUGCCAAACAUCCAAAAAGUAGUCAAACAGCUAGACCACUACGCUAGGAGCAAAGCUUGGAUCGCAGGCAGCUUUGGUGGCGAGGGUCCAGGCAGAAGGCUCGAGCCCAACUAUUACCCAGAGGAGCAGUUGAAAUCAUUCGAAGACCCCGAAACAUAUCUUCGCUUCCGAAAAGAACUCGAGGGGAAACUCUACCAGAACUUUGGGAAUGUCUUCAAAGGCACGGGAAAAAUUGAUUCUUUGAGGGAAGAAUUCAAGGAGUUGAUGAGCUCACGACUAGUCAAGAAGCCAGAACUACUUGACUCGAUCAUCCCAGAUUUUUCUCCUAAUUGUCGACGCCUAACCCCAGGUCCUGGUUACCUCGAAGCAUUGACGGAAGACAACGUCCACUUUAUCACAACGCCCAUCAGCCACUUCACUGAAUUUGGAAUCGUGACGACAGAUGGAAUUGAGCGAAAAGUCGAUGCAGUGAUCUGUGCGACAGGUGCCAAUAUCGAUAUGCGCCCACCAUUUCCCAUCAUAGCAAACGGAAAGGACCUACGUGACGCAUGGACACCCUCCCCGAUCACAUAUCUCGGUCUCGCCUCGCCUGACUUCCCCAAUCUAUUGAUUCUUCAAGGACCCAACAGCGUGGGUCCAGGCGGGACGGUCCCUAAUCAGAUGGAAACGCAAGUUACAUACAUGUCGAAACUGCUCCGCAAGGUGGCGUCACAAGGAAUUAAAUCCUUCGUGCCGUCGCAAGCAGCCACAGAUGAUUUCAUAGCUUACUGCGACUCCUUUUUCCCUCGCACCGUCUUCAGCGAGAACUGUAGCAGUUGGGCAAAUGGUGGAAAACCCGGCGGGAGAAUCCACGGUCAUUGGCCAGGAAGUGCGACUCAUGCGAAUCUCGUAAGAAGAGAUCCACGAUGGGAAGACUGGGAAUGGACGUACAAGAACGAGAGCGGGAACCGUUUCGCGUGGCUUGGAAACGGGUGGACGCAAAAAGAAAAAGAUGGGGAAGGGGAUCUGACACCGUAUCUGAAGUUGCCAAGAGAUAUCGACUUGCGAAGUUAUCACGAGGAAUGGUUUGAGGGUGUCUCGUCGUGA